AUGAAUCUUACACCCAAGRGCAAGUGGUACCUAGCAUUUGUGAUUGCAGUCAGUGCUGAGGCACGUUUAGUGGAUGGUGGAGUACGUUUAGUGGAUGGCCCAUACAACUGCUCUGGCAGGGUGGAGGUGUACUAUGCAGGCCAGUGGGGUACAGUGUGUGAUGACAACUGGGACCUGCUGGAUGCCAAGGUAGUGUGUAGAGCACUGGGCUGUGGGGCAGCCCAGAAGGCCCUGGACCAGGCCCACUUUGGCUGGGGUAAGGGGGAAAUCUGGCUAGAUGAUGUGGAAUGUUCUGGGAAUGAAGAGUCACUGCUUAGCUGCAGCUCAGAUGGACUGGGGUCACACAACUGUGGACACUUUGAGGAUGCAGGAGUGAUAUGUGAGGGUCAGUCAGGUCAAUCCCCUUCAGAUUCCCAUUCUGGCUUGACAGUGCGCUUAGUUGAUGGUCCCAAUCACUGCUCUGGAAGGGUGGAGGUCUACCAUGAUGGGAGUUGGGGGACAGUCUGUGAUGAUAAUUGGGGUUUCCUAGAUGCCCAAGUUGUAUGUAGGGAGCUGAGCUGUGGACCAGCCACAGAGGCUCCUCACCAGGCUUACUUUGGUGAGGGGAGUGGCUCAAUCCUAUUGGACGAAGUGGCAUGCAUGGGAAGUGAGGGAUCUUUACUGGAAUGCAACUCAGGAGGGAUAGGAAACCAUAACUGUGGCCAUGAUGAAGAUGCCAGUGUAACUUGCAUGAUGGAACAAGAGGACCCAGAUAGAAACAUGGUCCCAGAUGAUGGCCCGUUGAUCCGGCUGGUAGAUGGUCCUGAUCAGUGUUCAGGGAGGGUGGAAGUGUAUUAUGCGGGGCAGUGGGGUACGGUGUGUGAUGAUGACUGGGACGUGAGCGACGCUGACGUGGUCUGCAGACAGCUCAGCUGUGGGUGGGCUAUGGAUGCCCCCGGACAGGCCUGGUUUGGUAUGGGAGUUGGCAUUCCCAUUCUGCUGGACAACAUAGCCUGUGUUGGCACAGAAGGCACUCUCUUUGACUGCCCCUCUGAGGCGAUAGGUCAUCAUAAUUGCAUGCAUCCUGAGGAUGCGAGUGUGGUCUGCUCAGGUUCACACCAGACUGGACCUUCAAUUCGCUUGGCCGGUGGCUCCAACAACUGCUCUGGUAGAGUAGAGGUGUUCCACUCUGGCCAGUGGGGUACAGUGUGUGAUGAUGACUGGGAUCUGAGGGAUGCCCAGGUGGUGUGUCAAGCACUGAGCUGUGGGAUGGCCCAGGAAGCCCCAGGUAGAGCCUGUUUUGGUCAGGGCUCAGGACCCAUCACUCUGGAUGAUGUGUCGUGUGAGGGCACAGAGAGAUCAUUACAAGACUGCAGCGGAAGUGAACCAGGGGUACACAACUGUGACCAUAAUGAGGAUGCAGGAGUCAUCUGUGCAGGUCCUACAGAGAACAUCCAGCAAAACUCCACAUGGACCUACGAUGGCACUUCCAGAGUGCGUCUGGUCAACGGCACCAACAACUGCUCUGGUAGAGUGGAGGUGUUCCACUUUGGCCAGUGGGGUACAGUGUGUGAUGAUUGGUGGGAUCUGAGGGAUGCCCAGGUGGUGGUGCAGAGAUGUCCCACAGUGGACUGGGGAACCAUAACUGUGGCCACCAUGAAGAUGCAGGAGUUACCUGCACAGAUGGCACUUCCAGUGCGUCUGGUCAACGGCACCAACAACUGCUCCGGUAGAGUGGAGGUGUUCCACUUUGGCCAGUGGGGUACAGUGUGUGAUGAUUGGUGGGAUCUGAGGGAUGCCCAGGUGGUGUGCAGAGAGUUGGGCUGUGGAGAAGCUCAAGAGGCCUCUAGAUCUGCAGAGUUUGGAGAAGGAAGUGGCUCCAUCUCUCUGGAUGACCUGGCUUGUUCUGGCUCUGAAGACUCUUUGCUGCAGUGUCCCCACAGUGGACUGGGGAACCAUAACUGUGUCCACUAUGAAGAUGCAGGAGUUACCUAUGGCACUUCCAGAGUGCGUCUGGUCAACGGCACCAACAACUGCUCCGGUAGAGUGGAGGUGUUCCACUUUGGCCAGUGGGGUACAGUGUGUGAUGAUUGGUGGGAUCUGAGGGAUGCCCAGGUGGUGUGCAGAGAGUUGGGCUGUGGAGAAGCUCAAGAGGCCUCUAGAUCUGCAGAGUUUGGAGAAGGAAGUGGCUCCAUCUCUCUGGAUGACCUGGCUUGUUCUGGCUCUGAAGACUCUUUGCUGCAGUGUCCCCACAGUGGACUGGGGAACCAUAACUGUGUCCACUAUGAAGAUGCAGGAUUACCUUGCACGGUAAGAUGA